GUGGAUUCUCCGACGCAUCCGGACCGCCUUGCACAAGCCAUCGCCACUCAAGCACAACACUCGACACAGAUCGAUUUCAGCAACACCCAGAAUGCAGUCGCUCGACCGUUUGCUCCUUCAAGCCCUCGUGCUGCUGGCGAUGAUGUUCGGCGUCUUUGCCUGCACCGACUGUGAUGACGACGGCUGCACACUCGGCGACUGGCGCUGCUGCGACGACUACUCGCUCGUACAGCGGUGCGCAUACGACCAAGACGGCCAGCUGGACUGGCUCGUUGUUGCCGACUGCGGCAGCCAGGGUCUGGUCUGCGUCCUGGACGACUGGGAAUGCGUCUCGCCUGACCUCGUCACGGACGACCACCACCUUGCCUCGUCGUCCUGAGCGGGAGACGGGUUUGUGGAGGUCAAGUGACGGACCAGGCAUGGGCGAUCGGAAACAGUUGCCAAUGCCAAUACCAUGCUAUCCAAUACC